AAAGGAAAUGGGAAGUCAAAAAUCGAAACUACAAAUAUGUUCAGUUAAACAAUGAAAUAUAGAUAAUCUACCUGCAUUUUCUAAACAGUUUCUCUCAGAAACGUUUCAACAGCAAUAACUUCGAACGAUACACGUAUUAGUUAUUGAAUAUUCAAUGUAUUUGUGUAAAGCAAACGACAAACAAAUUGUGUGUUGUUACCUCUAGUAAGGUCAACUGCAUUCGAAAUGUGUUGUACUGUCACUUUUUGGUUAGAACAAUGUGAUAGAACAAACGAAUGUUGCUGAGUGUUGUUUACAAUGGUUCUAGUGAAAUGGUGCACAACUUCUGUCAUUUUAGCUCUGCAAUUUAUUUGUUAUGUUGAGAGUUUUAGAGACACCAGUAAAAGAAACGUGACGGCAUGUACAGGACGAUGUAGUUAUACAUAUUCUCUACAGUGUCCUGCAUCACAGAAAAUUGCCUUACAUAAAUUAGAAUAUGCUUCCAAAGAAGUUUCAUUCAACUGUCCAAACGUCCAAGAACCUUGCCAAGACAAGAGACAGUGUUGUUCCUAUGAUGCUGGUGAUUGUCGUAUACCAUUCUCAGACUCAGUAGCUUUUCCAGUGUAUACUAAAUGUUCAGGGAAACAACAGUGUGAUGGGUUGAAGGCUGAGCAGAUCUCAACAGUAUCCAGGUGUUCUUCCCGUGAUGUGUCUAAUUAUGUAGCAGCAACAUACACUUGUGAAGAUGAUGACACCUUUGUAGACAUGUGUUCCAAUGGUUCUAUCUAUGGUAAAAAAGCAAUCAACUUAAUCUUGAAUGGAUCACAAUCUACACCUCAUCCUGGUUUUCAAAACAGUAAUCUCUGCGCCUGCGUCAUAUCCACCUCAGAUUGUGAUUCCGAUGCAAGACUACGCUUUCAAGCUGUAGAUGUUCGUCUCCAUAAGAACCAAGAUAUCACAGAUUGUCAUCCACACAGUGUCAUUGAAAUUACUGAUGGACAGUAUGGUAGUCGACCUUUUUCAUAUAAAUGCCAAAGGAAUCUUUUUAGACGAGGUUUAAUAGAUCAUUACUACACCAGAGCACCAUAUGCUAGGAUAUCUAUGUAUAAUAAGGCAGAGCUGAACAUAUCACAGAUAUGGUUACGUAUAUCAGCUACAUUACCAGAUGUUGACGUGACGAUAACAUGUGGUUCUGGUGCAAUACAUCGCAGCUUACAGAAUGUAUGUGUACCACCAGAGUUUUAUCCCUCAACCACUCCUUCUUAUGUUCAACCUUCAACUUUUGAUUCAAGGCCAAGUGAAGAUAAAGGUCAUAAUCCUGGCAAUAUUGAAAAAGGAACAGAUGUGAUACCUAUAGUGGCUGGUGUUGUUGCAGGAUUGGUCGUUGUAGUGCUAAUUAUUAUAGUAGUGUGUUGUAGAAGGAGGAGGAGACUUAGAAAGAAGGAUGAAGACAGAUUUUCCCACAGUUUGACUAUUACAGCUCCCCCUUUACCAUCACCUGAGGACAAUGUGUAUGAUGAAUACGAGGCUGGUAAUUACUAUGAUUCUGUAGAGAAUGGCAGAAAAUAUCCAACUUCACCAUUUAAACCUGCUACUCCUGGCAAAAAUAUGGGUUCUUUUUUCCCAACAGAACCGAAGAAAGUUUCUCCACCAGUUCUCCCACCGCCAUUGCCAGUUGUGCCACCGACAGUUCCAGCUAUACCUCCGACUGGACCUGUUGUCCCAUUGUCUCCUCUAGUCUCAUCACCAACUGUGCCAAACAGUCCUGCAUCAGAAAUCUCCUAUGACAAGGAUGCUAAUCCUUACCAGCAGCCUUGGGAUGGAAAGCCUCUAUUGAUGCCGAACAGACGGAAAAAGAGUGAUCUAGCAUAUGCAACAAGUGAUGAAAUACAAGUACUCAUUCAAAGAAUGGAUAACGAGAGAAGGAAGUUAAAUGAAGGGGAGACUACCAGUCCAACUGGAUUUAUACAUAUAGAUGAUUAUAAAUUAUCACAGUCGAUGAGAGAGGAUGAUAUAGAUGAGAUAGAUGAAGAGAACGAUGAAAGUGAAGAGGAUGAGGGACAGGAUGACAGUAAGAAAUUACUUGAUCAUAGACACAGUGUCAAUAUUCCUGAUGAAAGACAUUUACCAGAACAUAUUCAUAUUGAUCCACAUGACGUCAUGUGUAGUAGUGAGGACACUGGUUACCGCUCAGUUGGAAGUCAGGAACAUAUUCUGGUAUCAGAAGAUGAUUAUCUGGUUCCUGGUUCUGUUAAAGGAAAAAAAGAGGAAAUGAAUCUGCCUCAACGUCUGUCUAGUCAGUCAUCGGUCAAGGGAGAUAAAUCUAAUAGAUCUAGUAUUAGUGAGGAGAAAAGAAAUGGAGAAACAAUGUCAGGGGAAGCAUAUGCAGAAGUAUAUGAUGCCUUAGAAGAAGGCAAAACUUUAGAUGUAAAAACUAAGUUCUAAUUUUGUAAAAAUUGAAAUUUAGGUUCAGGUUGUCUAUUACAUCAGUUGUAUUAUUAUUUUUUCAAAAUUCUUCCAUAGGUUGCAGUUUUCAUGUUGUUCUGUUAUUUUCGUCAUUAUUUUCUUUGAAGUAAAAUUCAGAUAAUGAUUUUAGCUUUAAUGGUUGUUGUAUUAAUCAGAUUUAUUUACAAUCAGGUUACAAUCGGAUAUUAAAGUAAAAGAUUUUUAAUCAGGUAUCUUUGUUGAAUUAAAAAAAAAAAAGAUAUGUUCAUUU